UGGAGGUACGCUUGCAUUUUCGUAAGAAUUAGUUUUAUUUCUUUUCUAAACAAAGUUACAAUUCUACGACUUUCCAAGCCUCGGGAAAGUUUACUGUUAACGGAUUGUGGCAUCUUUUCGGGCUCUGAUCAAAUUUACCUUCAAAGUCACUUGCCGAACUUGGCUCGUGUAAUUGGCAAGAUUUAUCGUAUAAUAGAUAUCUUCAUGUAGUUUAUAGACUUUGUUUUGUAAUAUUCACCCUUACUUUUAUCGCCAUAUAUCAUUGAGUUGAAAUGUUUCUGCCCAUUUAAGUGUGCAAGUUUGGUCUGCCAUUGUUGAUUUUGCCCAUUUUUACAUGUUAAACUAGCAUCUAAAAGGAGUGUAAUAAAAUAGUAAUCUUAACCAGAAUGACACUAUCAAAACGAAGUAAAUCCCGCUCAAAACAUAGCAAAGAAUGCAACGUCGGUAGUUUGCCAAGUUGUUAUUGUGCCGAGCAACGAGAUAUUGACGGCAGUGCCUCAACACCGAAACCCUCGAGGAAGAACUUCGGAGGAAUACUUGGAUCCCUGACGACGUUGCGGAGUUCUCGGAAGACUGCAGCUAUUGAACAUCAGAGGAACUACAUGCAAAAUGGAUCCACGGAUCCUGGUAUUCCUAUGCAGGGACUUUACUCCCAGAACUAUGCAGCCGGCGUCUCGACUGCCGCCCUGGCAUCCUCCAACUUGGCUUUCGGAGUUGACAUUCGGAGUAAUCCAUAUGAUCCCAGUCACCAUUAUGCAACACUGACGACUGUUAAGCAGAAAAUGAAAUCAAAGCCACCUAUUACAAACCGACAAAGAAGUACCACAGUUUCUCAGAGUUCCCUCGGUGGAAAUACGAACGGAGGCUACGCUUCACUACUCUCGGCCGCUCCUGGAUAUUCGGCCGGUUCCAGCAGACUAGGAGGCAGUCAGAACUACCUGGCACUGGCUGACACGAACAGGAAUCGUUUGAAGUCGGCCGACUCGCUCGCUUCCGAAUUCAACUGCUCACGAGUGUCGGUUAACGUCGAAACCAACAGACUGAAGUUGCCGGCUAAGAUGAUGAUCGUGAGGGGCUACACAGCUAGGAGUGAGGACGAGAUCAGUGUGAGUGCGGGGGAUGGGGUCAUAGUACUGGACUGCAGCAAGAACGAAAACUACCUCGUCUACAAACCCAGCUCCGACGAGUUGCCAGCACAAGAAGGGUGGGUGCCGAAAAAGUGUCUGGAUAUGAUGUAUGUCAACCGGAACGACAGCUACGUAUCCCUGCACCACCCCAAUCCAGCUGGGGGGUCCUCUUCUCACUACAACAACCCCCACCUCUCCUCCCACUCUAUAUCCAGUUUCUGCUCAAUGGGAAAUGGGGGGAACAAUCCUCUUUCGGUGAUGCCUCUUUUGCCGCCUACGCCUACACAUCACGACUACGUCAUAAGUACACUGAACCGGAGAAACUACCAGAAACCUCGGCCUCCUCCUCUCCCGCUAGCCAGGCACCUCUCUGUGACGUCAUCUCACAAUCACAAUCACAGCAAUCUCAUUGGCCACUUGAAUGAUCCAAUCAGAGGAGGCAUUGGCAUUGGCGGUGGGGACAGUUCUUCUCUCUCAUCUUCAUUUGCACAACUGCAGAUGUCACCGGGACCAUCACCCGAGGUUGAGAAAAAGCCCCAAUGGAAUACUUUGACCCGCAGCCGGGACCCAAGUUUGGGGGGUCAUUAUGGCCAUGUGGACCGGAACUACCCAGGACCUCCUGGCAAGGCGGAAGUGAGGUUGAAAACGAAGGCGUCCGUCAUCGUCUCCUGGAAACAACCCAACUUCAGGUUGGCAAACUUUUCGGGAGCUCAUCCGAUAACUCGCUACACUGUCGAAAUAUUCAACAAAGACACUGGCGAGUUCGAUUUUGCAGGCGAAGCAAACAUCCGCAAAACCGAACUCGAAGUCACCAAACUUCGGCCGGGUGCGACUUGCAUUUUCCGAAUCAUUUCACACAACUCGAUGGGCUUAUUUUCAAUCGGACCCGAGUCUGACCCCUACACUAUUCCUAUGAAUACCCCGGGUGCAAGGAAGAAAAAACUGAGCCCGAAAGAAGACAAAAAGUGGAGCCUAGUUUCUACCCUAUCAACCAGUAUAAACGACUUAGUCAACCAAACCCAACCCGUUUUAUCAUCGCCAAUUUCAUCCAAAAGUCCUCCGGCAAGUUUCAUUCAACCUUCAUCGCCGGGUCAAAGUUCACUCAAGUUCAUCGACCAUUUUGACAUUUUCUACAACAUUGAGGCCGAAAUAGCACGAGGACGGUUUUCAAAGGUCAGAUCAGUUCAGCACAAGACAAGUCGAAAUUAUUUCACGGCAAAAUUUAUACCGAAACAUCUUUUGAGCCGAAACGCUGCAGAAAUGGAAUGUCAAGUGAUGCAGUUAUUGCAACGAUGUCCAUACACCUGCAAACUAUUGCAGGCGUUUGAAAAUGACACAAAUUAUAUUUUAGUAAUGCCUACUUACUCAAACUAUCAGCUAAUACCCUAUAUAAUUAAUUCUGUGGGGGACAAAUACACCGAAGCUGUGGUGUGUAACUUCAUGCAGCAGUUGAUUGCGGGUCUUUUGUUCAUUCACGGGGCGGGUAUCAUUCACCUGGACUUGAAGCCUGAAAAUAUAAUCAUUUCACAAGAGACUCGUCUUGUGAUCUGUGACUUUGGGGAGUCUGUGAGCAUCUAUGAUGGGUACUACGUGGCACCAGUCUAUGGCAACUUCGAGUUCAAACCACCCGAGAUACUCUGCAAAAAAGUGGUGUCUUGUGCGAGUGAUGUGUGGUGUCUGGGCUGUGUGGGCUAUGUCCUCCUCAGUGGCCUCUCCCCCUUCUUAGACCAGGAUGACUCACACCAGACGGCUCUCAACAUCGUCACUGCCGAUGUCACCUUCAGCAAGGAACAUUUCUCUAACAUCUCUUUCGAGGCGCAAGACUUCAUCCAGAAUCUGCUGCGAGCACCCUCCAACAAACGACUGCCCCUGGAACUGUGCAAGAACCACACCUGGGUGCAAUCCAGGGGCGACUACAACUCCCACUUGGACCCUGGGAACCCCCUGAGCAGACUAGACACUGAGAGGCUGCAGAACUUCGUCACCAGAAGAAAGAAUGUCGAAGGCGAUGUAAAACUCCUGCCAGAAGACUUGGAAACGUUAUGUAUUGAAACGUGGACCAACGCUAUAGGUUAAUACAUGUGCCAUUAAAGUGACAUUUCAACAAGCCGGCGAAAAACCAAACUAUAUUAUUUCAAACUCAUGAAAUCAUCUACUGUUUCAAUACAUACGCAAUAGUCUCUUCAGCUAUUUUUGCAUAUUUCUUAAUCAAUUUCAACAAUC